AUGCUGCCCGCCGCCCGCGCGCUGCCGCCGCGCCUGCUCCGCCGCUCGCCGCCCUCCUGGUGCUGGGCCGCGGUCGGGUCCCCCGCCGCCGGUCUGCGGGCGCUGGGCACGGGCCGGCCGCGGCGCUCGGAGGCGCUGGCCGGGGCCCCGCUGGACACGGCCGCCAAGGAGUACUCCCCCAAGGUGCGGCAGCUGGUGCAGGACAUCGCGGGGCUGACGCUGCUCGAAGUGGCCGACCUCAACGCGCUUCUCAAGGAGACUCUGAAGAUCCCGGACGUGGGGGUGAUGCCGGCGGCAGCUGCUCCUCUCACGCCCUCCCAGCCGGCUCCGCAGGACGAGGAGGAGCUCCCAGUCAAGAAGGAAAAAACACAUUUCACCGUCCGACUGACAGAUCUGAAACCUGCUGACAAGGUGAAGCUGAUCAAGGAGGUGAAGAACUUCGUGCCGGGAGUGAACCUGGUGCAGGCCAAGAAGCUGGUGGAGUCCCUUCCACAGGAGAUCAAGGCGAACGCCUCCAAGGAGGAAGCAGAGAAGAUCAAAGCGGCACUGGAAGCAGCUGGAGGGACUGUGGUUCUGGAGUAGGUGGCCACGGUUCUGCAGCAGGCAGCUGCAUUUGCACCAUGGAGGGACUGGUGUGAUGGCAACCUUCCCCACCGGCACCAGAGCCUGGGUCUGGGUGUUUCUGAGAGCGAAACACCCCCUCUGUCGUGCAGUGGGAAGGCUCUCUCGAAGCGAUCCGAUGCAAGAAUGCUGUAUGCUUUGGUGGGGCUGCCGUCUAGCCCUGCCGUCACCACGAACUCUACCUUCAUAAACAUCCUAAAAAGUC